GCAUCACCACACAGCUGCAGCUCAGCAGGCACCUGGAGACAAAGCACCCAGCCAAGUGUUGACUUUUUACAUUUUCAAGGCAGUUGACUGUGAGCAUGGUGAAAUACACAAGUGCACCAGGUGACGUGGAGUCGGGUCUGGAGGAGAGCAGGGUGGUUCUGGUGGAGAAGAAGUCGUCCACCGACUGGAUGUGUAAGGUGCUGGGGGGCCUUUUCAUCGUGGCCCUUUGUUUAGGAGGCGUCCUGGCGUUUUCUUGGUACACGAACAAAUCUGAGAUGAUGACGCAAUCAGGCCAAACAGCGGCCCUGAGCCAGAAGGACUCCGCUGAGAAAACAGAACCCCACAACACACUGAGGCAAAUCAGCAGCAGAGCCAAGGCGGCCAUCCAUUUAGAAGGUAGAGACGAGGAAGACGAGGAGACUUCCGAAAACAAGCUGGUGUGGAAGAACGACGAAGGCCUAGCAUUCACUCAGGGCGGCUUCGAACUGGUGGACAACCACAUCAUCAUCCCACGAAGCGGCCUCUACUUCGUCUACAGCCAGGCGUCAUUCAGAGUCUCCUGCAGCAGCGACGAUGCCGACGACGGCAAGGAGGCAGCGGAAAAACACCUCACGUCCAUCAGCCACAGGGUAUGGCUCUUCACGGAGUCCCUGGGCACCCAAGUGUCCCUGAUGAGCGCGGUGAGGUCGGCGUGCCAGAAGAGUCAGGAGGACGCCUACAGAGACGGACAGGGCUGGUACAAUGCCAUCUACCUGGGCGCAGUGUUCCAGCUGAACGAAGGGGACAAGCUGUGGACGGAGACCAACAUGCUCUCGGAGCUGGAGACAGAGAGCGGCAAGACUUUCUUCGGUGUCUUUGCACUUUGAGACUUUAAACCAGAUCUAAUUUAUUACUAUUCAUCUUCAUGGUGAAAUGUUGAAAUCUCAAUUGAGACAAAACUUAAAUCCCUAUGAACUGUAACAGUUUGAAACCUUAUUUCUAAGUUAUUUAUGUUGACCUGAGAUUGUAGUAGCCCGGAGUUCCUGUGCUGGAGCAGAUGAUGACACAGCAGCGUCACUGCAGAGUUAGGGUUCAAGGAUUAUGAGGGUUAAGUACCUGACAAUAAUAUCUAAUAUGUAUUUAUUUAUAUUUAUUUAUAUUUAAAAUGGUGGGGUGAGGUGGUAACUAUUAUAUUUAUAUGUUUUUUGUUUAAUUAAAUUUGUUAAAAAAUA